AUGAAAGUUGUGAGUUGUCUUCAUCUCUAUCUUGCAUUUGAUCCUCCUCCUUAUCUUCUUCAUCUCUCACCCAAUCCCAUCUCUCUCCGAAAUUUUAGGAAGAUGAAGAUUCAGUGUGACGUAUGUGAGAAAGCUCCGGCGACUUUGAUCUGUUGUGCCGAUGAAGCAGCGUUGUGUGCAACAUGCGAUACUGAAGUUCACGCAGCUAAUAAGCUUGCAAGCAAACACCAGAGGCUCCUCCUCCAAACGCUUUCAAAUAAGCUUCCUCGCUGUGAUAUUUGCCAAGAGAAAACGGCAUUUAUUUUCUGUGUAGAGGAUAGAGCUCUGUUCUGUCGCGACUGUGAUGAACCGAUUCAUUCAGCCGGUAGCCUUGCUGCUAACCACCAGCGUUUCUUAGCUACCGGAAUCCGGGUAGCUCUUAGUUCUAGUUCCUCCCAUGAGCCGGAGAAGAGCCACCACGAACCACCACCACCACCGUCAAGUAAGAACAUCGCCGUCCCACAGGUCGUUCCCAUGAAAGUACCGACACAUCCAGUUUCUGGAUACAGUUCCCCGUCGUGGGCCGUCGAUGACCUGCUACAGUUUUCCGAUUUUGAAUCCUCCGACAAGAAAGAACCAAUGGAAUUCGGAUCGCUCGAGUGGUUGAGUGACUAUGGCGUGUUUGGUGACGAAGCUGCCGAAGUUCCUCAGCUUCCGGCAUCACAGUCGAUCAACGCCACCACAUACAGACAAACCAAGUUCUACGUGCCAAAUAACAAGAAACCAAGAUACGAGAUUUUGAACAACGAGGAAGAUGAUGAUGAACACUUCACUGUUCCUGAUCUUGGUUAGACUCGAAAGUAAGCUGAGCUUAUCAUACGAUAUCAAUAUCAAUCUUGAUAUUCUGCAAGGAAAAAGUAUUCAUUUGGUCGUCGUAUUGUUAAACAAAUGCGUUUUGAUCAUUGCACUCUUGAAAUUAUAUAUCAACUCAUGAAGUUUUAUAGAUGAAUGACUAAAAUGUAAUUGUUUAUAAAUAAUAUGAGGACCAAAUGAAUAAUUGUUUCCAUAUUAUGUAUAACUGAGAAUGAGAUUCUAUAAUCUUUAUAUUAUCACUUUAUAGUGUUGCUCUUGGAAAAUUAGAAUCAUAUGUCAUAUUUGUAUGUUAUGUAUUAUAUAUUUUGGCGAAAAAAGUGAGAAAUUUCAGAGGAAAAAAUGGAA